GAAAAGCAGACUGAAGCGCUUUCCCCAGCGAUGUCCUGCCUCCUGAUCACGCCCAUAUAGGAAACUUUUCCCUGGAAGGGUACAUGCGAUCUCCUUAAGCGCAAAUCCCAGUGUCUUCGCAUGCGUUUUCCCUUCUUGUAGGACGGUUUCCUGCCACCGGUCAGACCGCCGCUGCAGACGCGCUCCAUGCACACCUGAUGGGUGUGACAGACUAACCGUACCUCCGAGACGUGGCAUAUUCUAUAAAAUUCGUGAUUUAUUUCAAAAGAAAUCCGUAGAUACUUGGUGGGUUAACACUUGGGGUAUUGCAAUUGUUUUUGGAGAUUAAUUUUCCGCUGCAGAGAAGACUCUGGAGUUCACUCAAAUAUAUGCCAAACGUAUUUUUAUAGCCAACAAGGAUGAAGUCCUUAGCAAGGGGCUGGCAAACCCUGCUGAUCUUGUGCUCCUUGCUUGACCCUGCAUGGUCUUUGAACCCCAGUGACCCUAACGUGUGCAGCCAAUGGGAGAGUUACACGACCUCCGUGAAGGAAUCCUACGCCCACCCUUUUGACCAGAUUAAGGAGUCAUGCUCAGAUGCCUUCAGCCUGUAUACAUGCACCCGGCACAGCGUCACAUACAGGACGGCCUACCGGCAAGCUGUGAAGAUGGCUUAUCGCAGGAGGUACCAGUGCUGCCCUGGGUACUACGAAAGCAAGGACGUGUGUGUCCCACGCUGUACAAAGGAGUGUGUCCACGGCCGCUGCCAGGCACCUGAUCUCUGCCAGUGUGAGGCUGGCUGGCGGGGGGACGACUGCUCCAGCGCCUGUGAUGAGAAGCACUGGGGUCCUCGCUGCCAGCAGAACUGCAGGUGUGAGAACGGGGGCCUCUGCGACGCCCUAACAGGUUCCUGCCGUUGUCCCCCGGGGUACCGUGGGCCCCACUGUGAGCAGAUGUGCCCCAGGGGGACCUUCGGUCAAGGUUGCCAGGAACAGUGCCGGUGCGGGACGGGAGGCACCUGCGACCAAAAGACGGGGGAGUGCCGGUGCAAUGAAGGCUUCACUGGGAUGCUCUGUGACACAGCCUGUCGUAAAGAACGAUGCCGCCUGCGGUGCCCCUGUCAGAACGGGGGGUAUUGCCAAGGGGAGGGGGUCUGUACAUGCCCCAAAGGGUGGAUGGGGCAAGUGUGCACGGAACGCUGUCCCGAGGGCAGGUUUGGAAUGGGCUGCUCCCAGAAAUGCGUGUGCCACAAUGGGGGUCAGUGCCACCCUGAGACCGGGCACUGCCACUGUGCGGCUGGCUUCACAGGGGACAGGUGCAGUGAGGAGUGCGCAGUGGGCAGCUAUGGGCAGGACUGCAAGGGCGUGUGCGACUGUGCCAAUGGGGCACGCUGCUACAACAUUCACGGGGGCUGCCUGUGCGAGCCGGGAUUCCGGGGGCCUCAGUGCGCUGACAGGAUGUGUUCACCAGGGGUCUACGGCAUGCACUGUGACCAGCCCUGCCUCUGCAACCUCACGCACACCCUCAGCUGCCAUCCAAUGAAGGGCGAGUGCACAUGUCAGCCCGGGUGGGCGGGGCUUUUCUGCAAUGAGACCUGCCCACAGGGCUACUACGGGCUGGCCUGCAGGGAGCCGUGCCUCUGUUUGAAUGGGGGCGUGUGCAACGCAGUCAGUGGACAGUGCCACUGUGCCCCAGGUUACACGGGGGAGCACUGCGAGAGCCACUGCGACAGAGGCUUCUAUGGCAAGAACUGCGUGCUGACAUGCAGCUGUGCUAACGCCCUGGCGUGCUCGCAUGUCGACGGCACCUGCCUCUGCAGAGAGGGUUGGAGGGGACCAGACUGCUCUCUUCCGUGCCUCAAUGGGACGUGGGGGUUACGCUGCAAUCAGACCUGUGUCUGUGCCAAUGCUGCGCCCUGCAAUCCGGCCGAUGGCACCUGCACCUGCCCUCCAGGGUGGAAGGGGGCGUUCUGUGACCAGGUUUGCCCAGAUGGCACAUAUGGGCCCAGCUGUCUGCAGAAAUGUGACUGUGUCCACGCAGAAGGCUGUGACCGAUUCAGCGGCCAUUGCAGAUGUCUGCCAGGAUGGACAGGACCGCGUUGCUCCCAACCGUGCCCCGACGGUUCCUGGGGACGCCACUGCAACCAGACCUGCUUCUGCUUGAAUGGCGCUACCUGCCUGCCACACAGUGGGGGCUGCAUCUGUAGCCCUGGAUACCAGGGAGCUCAGUGUCAGCAUUUGUGUAUUGCGGGUAACUACGGCACCCAGUGCAACUUGUCCUGCCCCCCGUGUGCCAGCUCCACCCCCUGUCACCACGUCACAGGGCAGUGCCAGUGUGACCCAGGCUACAUUGGGCCCCUGUGUGACCAAGAAUGCCUCAUGGGAACCUACGGCCAGCAGUGUGCUGGGGUGUGUCGCUGUAUGAACAAUGCCACAUGCCACCAUCAGGACGGAACAUGCCACUGCCUCCCGGGCUGGACCGGGGCUGACUGCUCGCUGCGCUGUGCGCCAGGCACCUAUGGGCUGGGCUGUUCUCAGCACUGCCAUUGUAAUUGGCCCUGUCAUCAUGUGACUGGAGCAUGCACCUGCCCCCAGGGACUCACCGGCCCCCACUGCCAGUCCAAAAAGGAUGAGAGCGAGAUGGUACCCCUCCCCCCAGGGGAGCAGGUGUCCUGGGGGGCUGUGGCUGGCAUCGUGAGCCUGGUGGCCCUGAUGGUGCUGCUCCUGUCCCUGCUGCUGGCUUACCGGCGCCGGCAGAAGGACAAGCAGAGCCGCACCCCCGCCGUAGCCUACUCCACUACCCGCACCGUCAACUCCGAGUACGCCGUCCCAGACAUCGCCGUCGGUUACCACCACUACUACUCGAACCCCAGCUACCACACACGCUGUCUCAGAGCCGACCCCCCCCUGCCCCACGUUCCCAACAACCAAGACCGCCCCCUGGGCUACGUCAAGAACACCAACAAGCAGCUGUUCUUCAGUGGGAAGAAUGUGGAGAAAGAGCGGCUGAGGCCCCUGGGAGGGGAGAGCGUGGCCACGCUGCCGGCUGGCUGGAAGCACCACGAGCCCCUGUCCCAUAAGGCCCCGGGAGCUUUCGGAAUAGACCGCAGCUACAGUUACAGCGCCACCCUCGGCAAGCUCUACGACAAAGGCCUGUCCAGGGACUCUGCGGUGAGUAACAGCUCUCUGAAUAGUGAGAAUCUCUAUGCCACCAUCAAAGACCCACCCACCCCGCCAGUCCACCCCCUGGAGAGCAGCUACAUGGAGAUGGCGUCGUACGCCCGUCAGGAGCGGCCCUGCAUUGACAUGCGCCUGCCAUCGCCACCCCCAACCCUCCAUACACUGGGAAUUCUGCACCCUCUCCGACGUCCCCGAACAGGAAGCGUUCCAGAAUCAUUAUGACCUCCCUAUUAACAGUCACAUACCCGGACACUACGACCUGCCCCCCGUCCGACGUCCACCCUCCCCCUCGCCACAGAUGCUCCCCCCACUGACACAUCUGGGGUGAACGCAGAACUGCAGAAUGAUUACCCCAGUGUGACACUACUGCCACCUUGUGGCAACAUGGAGGAUGGCUUCGUCCCAUCGUCACAUGAUCUGUACAUUCCAAAACACUAUUCCAUUAUGCUGUGUUACUGCAGAGUUUCUGAAUCCGAUCCUCAGGAAUCUGCAAAUGGUCUACAUUUUAGCUCCCUCCCAGAGUCCUGUCAAAGAGUCUACAUUUUUGCUCCCAAUGCUUUGAGAAACACUUUUACUCAACAAAAAAAAUAUAUAUAUAUACACAUCUUGACUAUUAUCAGUUAUCAGACUUUUUCCCCACUCAGGUAAUGGUUACAAAUGCGCUGGGAGGCUAAAUGACCUUAAAAAAUGAACAAGAGUUGCUGGUUUGAAAGUAGCCAAACAUUACAUUUAGCUGACACUGUCUGUCCAAAGUGACGUACAAGGGCAGGAUCAGUCUGGAACGACUGGCACAAACUGUGAAAUCACUCAUGCCAGCCUCAGGACUUGAGCUGGUGACCUUCCGAGCACAAGUGCAGAGUGCUAACUCACAGAGUCACAGCCUCCCCCUCCCCCCAGCAUCCUAACUCACCUGUAAGUAGAGUUUCCAUGCCUUCCCCAGUAUUUGGAACCCACCCUCGAAAAGCCCUGACCCUGUACUCUGGAUCGGCUGUAGUUGAUGCAGGUUCAGGUGGGGAAGGAAAGAUCGCCCUCAAGUGGUUGAACCAAGCAGGUACACUGAAUUCCACUGACUGUGGAAACGCCCAAGACUUCAGAAUGUAAACCGCACUCAUCACUCCCCCGGCGAUCUCUCCUUUAUGGGGUUCCACACUUUGAGAAUUAUCACGUUUAUAGCUUCAGAGCACAGUGCCUGUAAACGUUCACUUUGUACAUACUGUAAAUAAACAUUGAUUUACUUCA